AUGAUACCUAAUACCGGCUUCGGCAUCUGUACUGCAGCAGACCAGCAAACGCAUCUGAGCGCACCGCUCUGUGCAAUACACAAUGUAGCAGAAGAUAUGGUUCGGUGCGGGCCUUCCGCACCGACUCCGGAUAAACAUAAUGUAGCAGAAGAUAUUAUCCGGUGCGGGCGUGGUGUGCCGAACCAGCAGCAUACAAAAUGUAGCGGAAGAUAUUCAGAAGAUAUUGAUCGCAGAAGAUAUUCAGAAGAUAUUAUUCUCUGCGGCCGUGGCCCUGCGGAAUACACAAAAUGUAGCAGAAGAUAUAUUCGGUGCGACGGUGGCCCUCUGAUACAUAAUGUAGUAGAAGAUAUAUUCGGUGCGGGCCUGGCCCUCCGGAAUAUACAUUAUGUAGCAGAAGAUAUUGACCGGUGUGGGCUUGGUGGUGGGCGGACACCAAGUUGA